CUGGUUGUAAAGCGUCAUUAACAGCACGUAGUUACUUGUCAAGCCGUCUUUUCUUCUUCAUUAUGAAUGCACUUGAACAUUGAAUAUGUACUUUAGACUAGGAAGAAAUUAGUAUAUGGAGAAGGCAUUUAGGUGUCUCAAAAUCUAGUUAAAGAAUGACUGCAAACAUGAUUGGCUUGAUAUGAAUGAGCAAUGGAUUUUACCAGGUAUUUGCCUGUGGAAAUAGUACAGAAGAUUCUUAUUUUCUUCAAACCGGCUGAGUUAGCCAGAUUCAGUCUUUGUUGUGUCCAAUGGAGAGAGGUGUCAAAUCUGGAUGCACUGUGGUUGCAUUUCUGUAUAGAACGCGGUUGGCUGAGGUUUGGGCUGAUGAAGAACUGCAUUGAUCUCAUCAACCAAGAGACACUAUAUCCGAUGCACACCAACAUAUCAGGCUUGUCUCCUCAGUUCUCUUUAAAUGUUCCAUCUGAUACCAGGUUAUCCUCAAUCUGUAAGUGGAAGAACAUCUUUAUUCGUGUUUUACAUCUCAACACUAACUGGAAGACAGGAAGGUACACUGUGGCUUCUAUACGGAGGGGUCACCUUGAGAAGGUGUCAGCAAUGGAUUGCAAUGAUAACUGUAUUGUUAGCGGCAGUGAAGAUAAACGGCUGCAAGUUUGGGAUAUCAAAACAUGUACCUGUACUCGAAGGAUAAUGGUGCACUCUGACACUGUUACAGCAGUCAAACUUAGGGGAAAUAUGAUUGUCACUGGUUGUGCUGACAGCAGUAUUCGUAUCAUUGACUCUACAAGUGGUAAAAUGAAACACUCAUUCCAAGGCCACAGUGGGAGUGUAGACCACAUAGUACUAAUAGGAGACAUGGUAGUCAGUGCUGGCUCAGACAGGACUGUUAGGGUAUGGUCAUUGACUGAGAAAAGGUUAAAACAUGUUUUAAGAAAACAUACUGAUGAAAUUGAGUGCCUCUGUUCCUAUGGAAACUGUGUGGUCUCGGGAUCGUGGGAUAAAAGCUUGAUCUUGUGGAACAUUGACUCGGGGAAACUGAUCCACCAGUAUUCUGGACAUGGUGAAGUGGUCACUUGCUGUCAGUUUGAUGACCAGAAGGUAGUAAGUGGCAGUGCGGACGGGCUGUUGCGGAUAUGGACAGUGGAUUCUGACGAGUGUUCUCGGGUUCUCUAUGGACACGAGGGUGAAGUGUACUGCCUGGUGUAUAACCGUUUUGUAAUUGCUUCAGGGUGUUCUGAUAGCACUGUCAUCAUCUGGAGUCACCAAGGUGACAGGCUGCAUGUUUUGAAGGAACACCUCGGCAUUGUGCGCUGUCUGCACAUUAACGAGGAACGCCUGGUCAGUGGAGGAGAUCAGAAGAAGAUCGUCGUCUGGGACUACAGGAAAGGUGAAGCUAUGCAUGUCCUGCACCGCCACCCAACACUGCUGCACCUUAUGUGGAAAGGGGACAAAACGUGUUCUCGUGUGCUCGGACCAAAAAUCCACACGUCUUGUUUGGCUGUAGAGAAAACGGCCAUUUGGGAGGUUCCCGCGUGAACACGUGACGGGCCGGGUGUAUAGAAAGAGGCUGGUUCGAGGUGUGCUGUGAACACGGCGCGUUGAAUGAGCUAAAGCCGAGGGUGGGACCCACCUGUGGUUUGACACGCUGCUCUGCAUCAACAACCAACUGUCGUCUGCCACAACCCGCCAUAUUUGUUUACUCUUCGUGUUGAUCUUCUCGCUCGUGCAAACAAUAUACGUGAACUGCUCGCUAUGCACCUUUGUGCUAUGUGUCGUUAUAGCCAGUGCACCCCGACUGGUAUAUAUCAAAGGCCGUGGUAUGUGAUAUCCUGUCUGUGGGAUAGUGCAUCAUAAAAGAAGGAAGAAUGAAAUGUUUUAUUUAA